AUGGCCGCUCACGGUGAGUCUCCUUCGUCGUUCAUCCGACCACCCCGCGGCCACCACGCUCCCCCUGCACGCGCCCUCCUCGGGUUUGGAACAGGGUGGAUGGUUGUGUCGUGGCCCGCAUGUCGUCUCGUCGGCCCCCGACCACCCCGCACAACCCUUUGUACUGACGCACACGCCACCUCAGACACCGUGCCGGCCCAGAACCUGCUCGCGCUCAUCCAGUCGCUCAGGAGCACCCCGCCGCGCCUCAUCCUGUCGCCGCCGACGCAGCCGCGUCGCGCGAGCGUCGCGCUCAUCCUGCGUAUGCGUCCCGCUCCCGACCUCGUCUUUGAGGGGAACAUCCCCGAGGGGUAUGUGGGGCCCGUCAUCCCCACAGAGGAGUUUGGCGUGGGGCUGCCAUUUGAAGAGUUCUUGCGUCUGAACUGGGUCAACCACCCAGGUACGGUUCCCGAGCUGCUAUUCAUCCGCCGCGCGCCGAGCGCGAAUGCGAAUGGGUCGGGUGGUCGCUGGAGCAGCCACAUUGCCUUCCCCGGCGGUCGCCACGAGCCAUCAGACGAGUCGGCACUGUACACUGCUCUGCGUGAGACGUGGGAAGAGAUCGGUAUCGACUUGGCCGAGAGCGACUAUGUGCAGGUCGGUCGCCUCGACGAGCGAGAGAUCACCACCAGCCUGGGCAAGCGCCUGCUCAUGAUCCUCAGCCCAUUCGUCUUCCUCCAGACUUCGCCCAUCAGCCCCACUCCCGAGCUUCAAUCUUCUGAAGUGUCGACUGUCCACUGGAUCCCCCUGUCUUCUCUCAGCCCGCCGUUCGAAGCAGACGAAUGGGGCCACAUCGACAUUGACAUCUCCACCCGCCUCUCUCCGCGCAACCAGCUCGUGCGCCUCGCUCUGCGCGGUCUCGUCGGCACCAUGCAGUUUGGCUGCAUCCUUCUCCCCGACGAGCCCGACUACAUUGCCGAGGGCUUUGACAUGAACAUGGAUUUCUUCGAGCCACCUGAGGGUGGCAGCGGGACGUGGCUCGAUGCCAAGACAGGACGCCGCAUGCUCCGUCUCUGGGGAUUGAGUCUGGGCAUGACGCUCGACCUCGUUGCACACUGUCCCGGAAGUGACGCAAGACUGUCUACUCCUCGCUCACGGUCCAACUCCAAGGGCUCGUCGCCGGACCGCGCCACCCUCUUUGGCCCUCGUACGCCCGUCACCGUGGUGUCGUCAUUCGACCAACACUGGUUCCCUGACGAGCGCUCUACGCGCUCUAAGACAUCAAACACCAGCUCGGGCGGCAAAGUGGGCGUGGCGACACUCUCGCCCAAGCUCAAGCGCAAGGGCUCGGUGCAGAUCCUCGAGACGCGCCGCCGCGGCGUCGGACCCGGCGUCACUGCCGUCUUCCCGCGGUUCUCCUACCCGGACGUCAACUUCUGGAUUUGGGUCUUUGGCAGGCGGUACCGCCAAGUCGUGCGGUCGUGGGAGGAGUCGGUUCACGGGCCCGACAAGGUGUCAGACCGCCGGACAAACUGGAGCGGCGCGGCGCUGUCAACAUUCUACCAGGCCGUGCGACACGCCCUUGUCGUAGCCAUCAUUAUCCGUGGUCUCGCCGCCGUGGGUGUCACUGCCGGCCUGACGUGGUGGGUCCUCCGACACCUUGGUGUGGGCAUGGGCCACGCCGCGACCGCUGUCAAUGCUGUCACCGCCAGCGCUACCGAGUUGUGA